GAGAGAGAGGAAUAAUAUACUAGUAUAGAAAGUAUAAACAUGAAAAUAUGCAUCAGUUGAUGGAAUUCAGGAAGGUAGCUUGUGUAUAAAAAUGUGAAUAAUGGUAACUAUUCGAUCGAUUUAUUUGCAAGGUUGUUAAUAAAAUCACUCCAUUCACUGGUGCUGUGCAAAUGCAACCCUAAAUUAAUACUCGUAUUCCUAUUGUCUUCACUCUUCCCCCAACAAAGAAUUGCCCAUCCUACUCCACCCCCUUCUGCGCACCGCCGUCCUGCCGACGCGACUUCCAUCUUCUACUCUUUCCGUAUCCACCUCAUUUGCAGGCGCAGCCGCGCGGCAAUCUUCUUCCGCCGCGAAAGGGGGCUAUUGCACCAAACAACCGCCACUUUCUUAUACUAAAUUGAGGUAAAUUUUCGGUUACCCUCCGCCAUCACUUGUACACUGCCUUUAAAAUGUUCUGUUAGCUGCUGGAGUAUUUGAAUAUGUAUGAAUUUCUGAGAGCAUACCUAUUUUAUUGGAAGAUACGUGUAAUGAUAACAGAUAAAUAAGCACCUUUAUCAAUCAUUUUUUUCAAAUUCUUCCGGAAGAGCGCUGGUGGUAGCCUUUAAAUCCGUGUGUAGAAAAUUGGUGAUUUUUUUCAUAUUUUUGGUUAUCCUUCUUGAAUAUGUUGCUAUAGUACCAGUGUGGAAGUGUACAAUCACGAUGGCUGGAUCUGAUUCACAACACCGAAAUACUAAUGAAAUGUCACUGGAGGAUAUUUUGGAUGGCACUUCAGCGAGAACAAGACCAAUGAGUUAUGAUGAGAUAAUGCGUAGAAGAAAAAACAAGGGUGAUACUGCUCAACAAGUGUCCAGCAGCUAUGGUGCAGUUGAUAGUGAAUUAGCUCAAGAGAACGUGGAGAGGGAAUCUGAUAUUCUAGAAUGUCUUCCACGAAUAAGUGAUGAUUCAAAACCACUGGCUGAAAGCAGAAACAUAAAUGAUCUUGUGAAGGUAAGGUCUAGGAGAAAAUCAGAUGUUAACGCAUCUAGAAAGAAUGAGAAUUCGGUCCAGGAUAAUGCAGACCGAUCUCGAUAUCCUGAUGCUAAGUCAAAGGACAAAGGAGACAGGAUUCCAAGGCGCAAUAGAGUGUCAGAUGAAAUAUUUGAGGGAAGAAAUCAUGGCAGCAGAAAAACAGAUGCCCUAUCAAGAGUUAGUUCUGAUAAUGGACGUGAAAAGAGGAAGGAUAGUGAAUCAUAUAAACAGGAUAGAGUUUCUGAAAGAAGCAGAAUCAAAUCUGAAAUAGUAAAAGCACAACCACAUAAAGAUGAGAGACAGAUUCACAGAAAGAGGAAAACAGAUGAGCAGAUAGGCAGUGAUUCUGAUCAUGAGCAUAAGAAAAGAGAUGUGAGAGAUGUUAGGAAAACAGAUAACUUAAAUGCCAGAGGCAGAGAGAAAUCUGUAAAGGAAAAGAAACACAAACAUAACCCUGAAGAAGAUAAGUCUAGAGGCAGGGAUAGUGUUAAAAAGAAUGAUUCUGUAAGAAAAGGGACAGAACCAACACGGACAUAUCUUGAAGGAUCCAGGUCAAAAAGAAGACGGUCACAGAGGAAAGAUCGCGAAAAAAAUGUAGGUAAAAGAUCUCUUUCACAGUCACCAAAGGCUCACAAACACACAUCGAAAGAUAAAAGGGAGAUUGCAGAACCAUCAUCUCAUUCUACAAAAGACAAAUCAGGAAGAGAACACUCUAAUGUUGAUAACAAGAGGAUGCCCAGUACUGGAUCUACUAGUCACUACAGGCGUAAUACUAAUAAUUCGAGUGGUCUUGGAGGCUAUUCACCUAGAAAGAGAAAAACAGAGGCUGCUGCUAAAACUCCUUCCCCAACUCGUCGUUCUCCGGAGAAAAGAGCCGCUGGAUGGGAUAUGCAACCUGUUGAAAAAGAGAGUGUGAUAGCUACAACAACUCUUUUCAAUUUGAAUGCUACAAGCCAAAAAUUAUCACUGUAUAAUAUGGAGUACCCUGUGGCUCCUCCUCCUGUAGUGAAGCCUAUUGGAAUUUCUCUCCAUUCCAUAUCUUCACAGCUGCAUGCUGUUGAGUCAAUUCAGCUAACUCAAGCGACAAGACCUAAGAGGAGGCUUUAUCUAGAAAACUUGCCUGUUUCAGCAUCUGAGAAAGAUUUAAUAGAAUGCAUUAACAAGCGUUUGCUGUCAUCUGGUGUUAACUAUGUCCAAGGGACCCAACCUUGUAUCAGCUGUAUAAUACAUAAGGAAAAGAGUCAAGCUCUUUUAGAGUUUCUGACCCCUGAGGAUGCUUCUGCUGCUCUCUCUUUGGAUGGAAUGUCCUUUUCUGGUUCCGAUCUUAAACUCAGACGUCCCAAGGACUAUGCUAAUGUAACUACUGGUCCUUCAGACAAAUCUGUGGGUGUUGUUGAUUCAAUCAGUGACAUUGUAGAAGAUUCACCGCACAAGAUCUUUAUCGGUGGCAUAUCAAAAUUUCUUUCUUCUAGAAUGCUUUUGGAUAUCGCUAGAGCCUUUGGGCCCGUGAAAGCAUUCCACUUUGAGUUAAUCGCUGAUACAAAUGAAACAUGUGCAUUUCUCGAGUAUGUCGAUCAUUUAGUGACUUCAAAGGCAUGUGCUGGUCUUAGUGGCAUGGCAUUGGGUGGACAAGUCCUAACUGCAGUACUUGCUACUCCAGAACCUGAUUUGGAAAAUGCUGGAAAAUUGCCUACUUAUGAGAUCCCUGAACAUGCAAAGCCCCUUAUCAAGAAGCCUACAACUGUUUUAAAGCUGAAGAAUGUGUUAAACCCUGAUGACCUCAUUUCAUUGUCCGAAUUGGAACUAGAAGAGAUAUUGGAAGAUAUAAGGCUGGAGUGUUCCAGGUUUGGUAUGGUGAGAUCUAUUAAUGUUGCCAAGAAAACAAAUGCUGUUGGCACCGUGGAAUUGAAUGAGAUAAGCAACACGAGUGCUUGUACUGAUGCAUAUGACUUUCACUAUGCAAAUAGGAGCCAUAGAGUCGAACAACCCAGUGGGAGUGCAUCUGGGGUUAGAGAGUUCGAGAAAUCAGAAACUCUGGAGGCCCCGACCGAACUGGAGAAUAAUAUUCGGAUUUUGGAAGAGAAAAAUGGUUGUGAUAAUAUUACUGGCUCAUCUGAUGUGUCAAGUGGAUCACUUGAGCCCGAUAAUAUAACUAGGUCCACGGUGGCUGAUGAAAGCUUGUCUAAUGAGAUAACUGCCAGCAAUAUUGCAAGAGAUGAAGUAUGUGAACUACCAUUCAAUGGUGAAGAUGCUUCUUUCAAAGAACCUGCAAGCCAAUCAAACCCGGAAGAUUUUACUGGAGAAUCUGGGAACCAACAACAUACUUCAGAUACUGAGCAGAUGACCAAAUGUAACAAUUCCAGUUCUAGUUCUGUAAUGAACUAUGAACUUGAGAACAAACCAUCUACCAACAACUUGAUAGAAGACCAUAAUGCAAAACUACAGAGAUCUGAGCAAGCGUUGGAAAUUGAAGAGAGAAAUGAAGUAGUAAAUGUUGAGUUGGAUAGCAUUGGCAGAAAACAAUUGGAUGCUCCAGGGGAAGGUGAUAGAAAUAAUGUUUUUGUGGAUCUUGGGCAUAUCUUUGAGCCUGGCUCUGUUAUCCUAGAAUAUAGAAGACUGGAAGCUGCUUGUGUGGCCGCACAUUCUCUACACGGGCGUACAUUUGAUGGGCGUGUUGUGACUGUGGAAUACGUUGGUCAUGACUUGUAUCAGAUGUGGUUCCGCAGGUAACAUAGCCAAUACGUUGGUCAUGACUUGUAUCGGAUGAGGUUCCGCAGGUAACAUGGCCUAAUGUCGUAAAAUGAUACGGGCAUUGCUAGCUGAGGGUGCAGAACUGAGGUGAGAAGCCAGCUUUUGCUGUGUUAAUAUUUUGUGAUUCCAGUUUUCGUCCCAUUUGGAUUCUCUGGCAACCCACAUGCGCUGCUCUCAUCAUCCGGCGCCAUCUUUUGCCAUUUCCAUGACUAGGUAGAAUGGUUGACACUUGAAAGUGUGACAUCGUUGAUUAGAUUUUUCAUGUAUAACACUCAUUUUUUCUUUUCUUUUCAUUACUCGUGUUUGUAAUCUUGUGACAGUUCAUUUAUAACCAAAGAUCGAAUGUUAUCUAAAA